AUGCUUGCAAAAUUUGAUCCUGUGAUGCAAAAGCAUUUAGCACUUGCAAUAAAAGGUAACACUUCAGACCAUUAUUGCGGGAAAAAUAUUCAAAAUGAGUUAAUAGAUUUAAUGUCUCAAAAAGUUAGUGAUGAAAUAAUAAACCGAGUCUUGAAAGCCGUUUACUAUUCAAUCAUUGCUGAUUGUACACCUGAUAUUUCUAGAAAAGAACAACUUUCUUUUAUUAUUCGAAUUGUGGACUUGUCAUUAGACAUUAGAGUGGAAAUUAAAGAGGACUUUUUAGGAUUCUUUUCUGUUUCUGAUUCUACAGGCUUAGGACUUACUGAGGUUUUAAUCGAGUUGCUAACUAAGCAUGGACUUGAAAUCUCUAACUGCAGAGGUCAAGGGUAUGAUAAUGGAUCAAAUAUGAAAGGAAAUAUUAAUGGUGUACAAAAAAGGAUUUUAAAUCUUAAUCCUUUAGCAUUAUAUGUUCCUUGCGGCAACCAUAGCUUAAAUUUGGUAAUAAGUGACUCUGCACGGUCUUCAAUAAAAUCUAUAGCUUUUUUUGGUAUUCUUCAGAGAUUGUUUACUCUAUUCUCAGCUUCAGUGAGCCGAUGGAAAAUUUUAAUUGAUCAUGUUAAAAGUUUGCAUUUAAAGAAACUCUGUGACACGCGGUGGGAAGCAAAAAUAAGUAGUGUUAAAGCCGUUCGUUAUCAAGUUGGUGAUGUACAUGACGCUUUGAUAGCAUUGUCAGAAAUUGAAGGAUGUAAUCCUGAAACUGCACAUGAAGCGAUAACUCUAGGAGAACAAUUAAAAGAUUUUAGCUUUCUUGUCUCUUUAAUUGUCUGGUAUGACGUUCUUUUUCAAGUCAAUAUUGUUAGUAAAACUCUUCAAGAAAAAGACAUGGACAUCACUCAAUGUGCAAAGUUAUUGAAAAGCUGUUGUUCAUUUUUAGAAAACUAUAGAAAAUGUGGUUUUAAAGAUGCAAUUAUAAAAGCAAAGGAUUUGGCUAUAGAAUUACAAGUGGAGCCUGUUUUUAAACCACUUAAAAGAAUAAUACGAGUGAAACGCCAUUUUGACGAACCAGCCCAAGAUGAGAUUUAUUUAUUUUCUCCUGAAAAAAAAUUAGAAAUCGAUUUCUUCAAUCCUCUUUUAGACAUAUCUUUAAUUUCAAUGAGAGAAAGAUUUAUACAGUUUUAUUGCAAAGUAUUAUUUUUGAAUUCGAUUUGUUAUUAUUUUCCAUGUAAUUUACCAGCACGUUUAUAA